AAGCAACAAUCAGUCAUGGCUAGCAUAUUGAAGCUACAACACUUAUUUGUAGCCCUAAUCGCUUACCUCGCGAUAUUCGUGGGGAACGGCGGCUUGGUUGUGUCUCAGGAGCCAUCGAAUGCCAAGCAAUUGCUGAGCGAUGCAGCCAACUUGAAGGAUAUCGAAGAGUUGAAGGCCAAUUUCAUACCCGAACAAUAUCGUAAAUCGAAUAUCUCUCUGGCCGACUUGCAGGGAUUAUUGGAACGCAAGUGUGCCAAAGCGAAUGCAGCUGUUGGCAAUGUGAAUGCCACCGAAUUGAGCACCAAAAUCCAACAGGCCGGCUUUCGGCUCACCGAGUGUGUUAACAAUCUGGCAAAUUUGACAGCCAUAUUGGAUGAAAUCGAGGAUGCUCGUCCAAAGGGUGAUCUGGAUGUGGUAUUCGAGAAAUAUUGCCUGCGCAUGCCCCAGGCCAAGGCAUGCAUAGUCGACUUCAAUGAGUCGCUGUUGCCAUGCCUUUCCCGGGAGGAGCGUACCCACAAUUCGGUGAUGCAGCGGAUUAUGAACAAGCUGCUGGAGUUCAUAUGCUAUAAGAAUGGUGAUCAGAUUGCUUUGUUCAUUGCCGAGCAGGGUCCCGAGUGUCUCGAACAGAAUCGCGAGAAUAUUGGCAAUUGUUUGAAUCAAACAUUCGGCGGUUAUAUGCCCAAGGAGCUGGCCAAUAUCGAUCAGGUGAAUCUACCCGACUUCAUAUUGGGCCCCUCGCAAUGUGUGGACAUUUAUGACUUCGAGACAUGCGUUGUCCGCCAUUUGGAACGCUGCGAGACCAUAACACCCAGCAAUAUUGUCGAGGCCAUGUUCCGGUAUGUGCGCAAGGAGUCCAAGUGCCAAGAGUCCAUCGAUAAGGCCAUGAGCGAGCGACAAUCGGCUUUACCAUUGACUGGAAGUGCACCUGCCCUGCAUCAUCUCAACUGGAAUGGAAUGGUUAAGCUUGGCUUGGUUCUAGCUCUCUCCUUUGUCUCUCUAUAAGAAAUUUGUGUGUGUUUUUUUCGCUUUUUUUUUUACAUAUAUUUUAUAAUUAUAUUUAAUAAACAUCAAAAAUUCAUAUCCAGCCAGUUGCCAUAAGCCGCUUAGGACCCUUCCUCCUCUUCAAUUUUCUCCUUUUUUGUUAUUCUUUCUCCUCAACUCUCUUUGGCCAAAAGGCAAAAGUGUUAAGCUGCAUAAACACAAGCCUGAAAUAUGAGAGGGCAAUGAAUUGGUGGAGCAAGGAAAGAGAGAAACGACUCGGUGGCGUUUGGGGGAGGGCGGUGGAGGAGGAGGCGAACACCAUAUUGCAGUCGCGCUUAUCGCAUUUAGCAGGCAAAGGCAAGGGUCAGUCGCUUUGACUCUGACGCAACUCUUAUCAUCAGCGAGAACAAAGACACAGAUGAAACAGAAAAAAAUCCAACCGAAUCGAAACUAAAAACGAAAUCGAGGAGCCGACUAAGAGAUCCCUUUUACGACCAAAUAGAAAUUAUCAGAUCGAUCCCUGAAUCGUUUACAAAUUACGCUACAUUCAAUAAAAAUUUCUAAUUUCUCGA